ACCCUUUGCAACCACGUGACCACGACCACGUGACGACGCCAUGCUGGACGGCAACAUCACUGGAUGCACAGGCUAAACACAGUAACGUUAGUAGAUGAGCGGGAAAUUUGAUUAGUUUUUAAAACAGUUUAACUUAGUAUAAGAUACCACUAAACUGCAUGGCUUCUUCUACUGAAAAAGUUGUCGUGCCGUUAUCGGUCGAGGUAGGGCAUCUGCUAGGUCCUCACAAAGAGCGGUAUUUGGAGAAGUUAGAGAUCGCCGGUUUGGAUACCGACCCAUACCUUCUUCCUCCCUCAGCUUUUACGGAGCUCAUUAAAUCAACGGAUCUGCCCGACUUCGGCCCACACGAUUUGUACCACUAUGUGGUAAACGGGGUAUCGCCAUACACGGGAGCUGAUCUCAAAGCAUUUAAAAGUCUGGAUGCUUACCAGUUCUUUGUAGCUGGCUGGGUAACAGGUACGCGAUGCUACGCUAACGGCGGGGGGAGCUACCUCAUAAUGGCAAAGGUGCAUCAUAGCCAGUCACUGUCUGAAACCCAACUUCAACCAUGGGUAUCUUUGAAGAAGGAUGGGACAGUUUUGUGUGGCCACUGUACAUGUAAAGCGGGCCUGGGAGAGGUGUGCUCCCACGUAACAGCUUUGCUGUACGCAAUAGACUCUGCUGUCAAACAUCUGGGAGACAAAAGCUGCACUGAUGGGCCCAGACAGUGGGGACUUCCUCCUUUGAAAGCAGGCAAGGCUUUGUACGAAGAAGGGUCAGGAAUUGAUUUCUCAAAUCCUGCCAAAAAGCGUUGUGGUGUAAACAACCAAAGCCAUUCAGGUUGUCCUUCUGGGAAAAAGUGGGUGUGUCUGCAGCAGCUAUAG